GCUGUUUCAACAGGAAGGAAGGCGGACAUGUUGGACAGGCAGAGGGAGAAAAUCGGGCACCCAGUAUUUUUUUUUUUGUAUUUUUAUUUAUUAAAUUUUUUAAAAAUUGACUAGGAGCAUCGUUAAAGCUCGAUUUAACCGCAUACUCAGAGCAUCGUGGAUUACAUACUUGUUGGAAAAGUAAAAGCCGGCAUGCGGACUAAGAGAGAUUUAUCACAGCGGGAUUCGUAAAGGAUCGUUUUAACCAGGGUCUUGUUUUAACUCAUCGAAAUUCGUGAGGCGAAGUUUGUUUUUCCGCCACUUCUCACUCUGCAGCUGUCAGACUCGCUUGGCCUGGCGAGCUUUUAUGCUCCGAGGCCUGGGGAAACUUCACUUCAUCUCACGACCGCAUGUUAACUCUGCAGCAUUUGUUUUAUCGCUUCUUUUCGCGUGGAUUGCUUAUGUUUUAAAAGAGCCCUUUCCCUUCAUAUCUCCAGAAGCUAAAUUAGCUUAGCGCGGUGUAAUCUGUCGCCGCUGCUGUUUGUGUUUGCCAAGUUGUCAUGGACUAAUCCCACUCCUCGUCCUGUUGAUGGUUUGUUUCGAAAAUGUGGCUUUUUGUCAUCUCUCGGUGUUACAUACGAUUCAACGAGAUUGAUAUUAAGGCAAUAAGACACAAAACGUUGCUUUGUUCAAACUAGUGCUCCUUGCUUAGUGAGGGCAGAGGAAGUUAGCGAGUUAAUUUGCUAAUCUUAGCCCGUAACUCGCACACGUCUGAAUCAAAUCAGUCUGAUCAGUUAUGAACAUGUCUGCUGGAGAAAGUUUGACAGCUCGCUUCGAGAAGAUCGAUGCCAUGCUGAAGGAUCCCCGAUCAGAGAUCAACACAGACUGUCUGCUGGACAGUCUGGAUGCUCUGGUUUAUGACCUUGAUUUUCCAGCCCUGAGGAAAAACAAAAGCAUCGAUAACUUCUUAAAUAGAUAUAAGGACACAAUCAGCAAAAUCCGGAAGCUUCGUAUGAAAGCAGAGGACUAUGAAUUGGUAAAGGUCAUAGGACGAGGGGCAUUUGGAGAAGUACAGCUGGUGAGGCACAAAGCCACAAGGAAAGUGUACGCCAUGAAGCUGCUCAGCAAGUUUGAGAUGAUCAAGAGGUCGGACUCUGCUUUCUUCUGGGAAGAGAGGGAUAUUAUGGCCUUUGCCAACAGUAACUGGGUAGUACAGCUGUUUUAUGCAUUCCAGGACGACCGCUACCUCUACAUGGUGAUGGAGUAUAUGCCAGGCGGAGACCUGGUCAACCUGAUGAGCAACUACGAUGUUCCUGAGAAGUGGGCUCGUUUCUACACUGCUGAGGUUGUGCUGGCACUAGACUGCAUUCACUCCAUGGGCUUCAUUCACAGGGAUGUAAAGCCGGACAACAUGUUGCUAGACAAGGCCGGCCACUUGAAGCUGGCAGACUUUGGGACCUGCAUGAAAAUGAACAAGGAUGGCAUGGUACGAUGUGACACGGCAGUAGGAACUCCAGACUAUAUUUCUCCCGAGGUACUGAAGUCGCAGGGAGGAGACGGUUACUAUGGCCGAGAGUGUGACUGGUGGUCUGUGGGGGUCUUCCUGUAUGAGAUGCUCGUCGGUGACACGCCGUUCUACGCUGACUCUCUGGUGGGCACCUACAGCAAGAUCAUGAAUCACAAGAACGCCCUGACCUUCCCCGAUGACAGCGACAUCUCAAAGGAUGCAAAAAGCCUCAUCUGUGCUUUCCUCACAGACAGGGAGGUGCGGUUGGGACGCAAUGGAGUCGACGAAAUCAAGCGACAUGGUUUUUUCAAGAACGACCAGUGGACAUGGGAGAACAUGAGAGAGACGGCUGCUCCAGUGGUGCCGGAGUUAAGCAGUGAUGUAGACACAAGCAACUUUGAUGACAUUGAGGAAGAUCGAGGGGAGGAGGAGACAUUCCCCAUUCCUAAAGCAUUUGUAGGCAACCAGCUUCCAUUUGUGGGCUUUACCUACUACCAGUUUCCUCGGGAGCCAGCUAUAAAGACAAGUGACAAACGCAGCUCGACAAAGGAAGAUAAGAGUCAUUUGGAGAAUCUUCAGAAGAGAAUUUAUCAGCUAGAAGAACAACUUCACAGUGAGAUGCAGCUGAGAGACGAGAUGGAGCAGAAGUGCAGGGCAUCCAAUACAAAGCUAGACAAGAUAAUGAAAGAGUUAGACGAGGAGAGUAACCUAAGGAAGAGUAUGGAGGCUAACAUGUCUUUACUGGAGAAAGACAAGAUCAUGAUCCAGCACAAAGUUACAGAACAUCAGAGAAAGGCGGAACAGGAGGCUGAAAAACGAAGAAAUCUGGAGAAUGAGGUGUCUACUUUGAAGGAGCAGCUGGAGGACUUGAGGAAAAUGAGUCAAAACAAUGAGAAGGUCGCUCAGCUGCAGAACCAACUGAGAGAAUCCAACGACCUCCUGCGGGCCGAGUCUGACACGGUGGUGCGUUUGAGAAAGAGCCACACAGAGAUGGGGAAGUCCAUGAGCCAGCUGGAGAGCGUGAAUCGCGAGCUGCAGGAGAAGAGCCGCGCCGCAGAGAGUGUCAAACAGCAGCUGGAGAAAGAGCUGCUCCAGUUGCAGACCACGCUGGACACGGAGAGACGGAGCUGCAGCCAGGGCUCAGAAGAGAUCAGAGAGCUGCAAGCUCGUAUCACGGGUCUACAGGAGGACAACAAGAACUUGAAGCACAGUCUGUCUAAAGUAGAGCUGGAGAGAAAACAAAUGCAGGACAGAUGUAACGUUUUAGAGAAGGAGAAGAACAGUCUGGAAAUCGACCUGAACUACAAACUGAAGACUCUACAGCAGCGGCUGGACCAGGAAUCCACAGAGCAUCGCAUCACGAAGGCUCAACUCACAGACAAAUACGAGUCAAUCGAGGAGACCAAGUCAGCUGCUAUGCACGCGGUGGACCAGAAGGUGGCGGAGGAGACCACGCUGCGGAUGCGGGCGGAGAGCAGGGUGGUGGAGGUGGAGAAGCAGUGCUCCAUGCUGGAGUUUGACCUCAAGCAGUCUGUGCAGAAGAUGGAGCAGCUGAUGAAGCAGAAGGAGAGGCUGGAGGAAGAGGUGAAGGAGCUGCGGGUGCAGUUGGAGCAAGAGUCUGGGAAGCGUGUGCAGGUCCAGAACGAGAUGAAAAACUGGACGAUGGAGGCCGAGCGGCUGAAAGGAUCAGAGAAGCAGCUCAAACAGGAGAUCAACGUGGCCCUCGAGAACAAGCGCUCUGUUGAGUUCCAGCUGGCACAGCUCACCAAGCAGUACCGAGGAAAUGAGGGUCAGAUGAGGGAACUUCAGGACCAGCUGGAGGCUGAGCAGUAUUUCUCAACGCUCUAUAAAACUCAGGUGAAGGAGCUGAAGGAGGAGAUCGAGGAGAAGAAUCGACAAACUCAAGAGGCUUUCAGAAAAGUCCAGGACAUGUCCUCAGAGAAGGAGUCGCUGUCUGCUCAGCUGGACCUGACCAUGACGAAGGCCGAGUCGGAGCAGUUGGCUCGCGCGCUGCAGGAAGAGCAGUACUUUGAACUCUCUCAGGAGCACAAGAAAGCCGUCUCACGGUACAAACAGGAGAUCUCAGAGAAGGACUCGACCAUCACACAGCUUGAGGAAUCCAAUAAAACCCUCACCAAAGAUGCGGAGAUCCUCAGUAAGGAGAAGGCAGAGCUGAGCGAGAGACUCCAAGCUCGAGAAGAAGAGUUUGCAGCAGAGAAGGAGGAGCUGACAAGUACAGUAAAGGCUCAUUACGAGAAGGCGCUUAAUAUAGAGAGAACUCUGAAGACCCAGGCGGUGAAUAAGCUGGCUGAGAUCAUGAACCGUAAGGACAUGAAGUUGGACCAGAAGAAGAGAGGCAGCACCACUGACCUGCGCAAGAAAGAGAAGGAGAACCGCAAGCUGCAGCUGGAGCUCAACCAGGAGAAGGAGAAGUUCAACCACAUGGCCAUCAAGAACCAGAAGGAGCUGAACGAGAUGCAAGCGCAAUUGGCAGAGGAGUGUACAUAUCGCAACGAGUUGCAGAUGCAGCUGGACAGUAAGGAGAGUGACAUCGAGCAGCUCAGAGAGAAACUGAACGACCUGCAGCUCCGUGUGGACAGCUCCAGCGUCACCAGCCUGCAGCCAGACGAGACGGACAGUAACAUCGCUGAAUCAAGGCUUGAAGGCUGGCUCGCGAUACCAAAUAGGGCCAAUAUAAAAAGAUACGGCUGGAAAAAGCAGUAUGUUGUGGUGAGCAGUAAAAAAAUUAUCUUUUACAAUGAUGAGCAAGACAAGGAGCAGUCUAACCCCUGUAUGGUACUAGACAUCGACAAACUUUUCCAUGUGCGUCCUGUAACGCAAGGAGACGUUUAUCGAGCUGAGGCCGAUGAAAUUCCAAGAAUAUUCCAGAUCCUGUAUGCUAAUGAAGGUGAGUGCAGGAAGGAUGUGGACUUGGAGAGCGUUCCUCAGGGGGAUAAGACCAACUGCUUGCCCCACAAAGGCCACGAGUUCAUCCCCACCCUCUAUCAUUUCCCCACGAACUGCGAGGCUUGCUCCAAACCGCUGUGGCACGUCUUCAAGCCUCCUCCGGCCCUGGAGUGCCGGCGAUGCCACGUCAAGUGCCACAAAGACCAUCUGGACAAGAAGGAGGACGUUAUCGCCCCUUGCAAAGUGAAUUAUGAUGUGACAUCGGCUAGAGACAUGCUGCUCCUGGCCUUAUCCCAAGACGAGCAGAAGAAAUGGAUCGGUCAUCUCGGCAAGAAGAUUCCCAAGACACCUCCAUCUACCUUCGCAAGGGCGUCUCCACGCACGAUGUCCACUCGCUCCGUAGCAAACCAGUCCUUCCGCAAGAACCCCAAAAACAUGUCGGGCAAGCCAAGCUAACCAUCUGAACCGAAUUGGGAUUUUGUAGUUUCCUCUCCAAAAACCUCUUUAGAAAAAUCUGUCACAACCUUGGAAUUAACCCUUUAAUGUUGCAUUUCACAAGUGAAUAAAUGUAAAACAAAAACAGAGUGUAAUUGUUGCAGAAGUUCAGGAUUUAGCAAUCAUAAAGCAUCAUGGACAUUUGUUGGCAUCAUCUUUCCUCUCCCCGUAACACUGGGAUCCUCCGAUUCAGUUUAACCUCCUGCUGUCCAGAGGAAAGCAUCUUUUCACAUCUUGGGAAGGAAACUAUAAGCUGUUCUCAUGCCCGCGUCUUUCUGUUUGGAUUCUGGGAAAGGCACUUUAGCUUGACACCAUGGUAAAAGGGGAAAUUUGGUGAACUAACCAUAAAAGGGUCUUUGGGACAAUAUUUUUAGUUUGCAAACUAUUUCUACUUAAAUCCACUUCGAUGCCGCCUUCUGAUGGACUCUGGUUGCCUUAUUCAAUCUCUCAAAGUCUAAAUGGAAAAUGAAUUGGGUUUGGGGCAAAAGAUUGGGCACUGUGAGUUUUCGGGGGGAGAUUUUGAGAUGCAGAAUAAUUACAGUCUAUGCAUAAUAUUAUCAGAAUUGUCUUUAUCAUUAUACUUUGUUUUGGAGUCUCCAAGCCAUAGGAUAUCAUCAUAACGCUGUCAGGAGACAUGAAAUGUCAUAGAAACCAUUGUUUAAAGUUGUGUCUCUGUGUGUGUUCAUUGGGUACAUUGUUUCUGUAUUAUUCUUUUGUUUAUCUUUUUUUUUUUUGUAUUGUUGCCUUACAUUUGAUUCAUAGAUAACUGUUCCAAAAAGGAAAACAUUAAGUUAACAAAUAUAACUGCACUGUUUGAAUUGUAAUUUAUUUGUAGAAGACUAAAACAGCUGUAGCGUUCGGCUCACCUAGUGCCUUUUGGAUAACAAUUUUACUGCCAUAUCUGUUUCUCUCCAACAAAUCUUUACUAUUAUGAUACUUUGAAAACCAACAUGUCUAUUACAGUGUGACUUCUUUUCAUUUCUUUUCUUUUUUUAUCGAAACCCAAAUGGUUUUCAGCCAGAGCGGACCAUCUAUUGCAUGUCUUAAAUGUCGUCAACCAAAGUUCAGAAGUUCUGCAUGAAGCGCCAUGAUGAAGGCAACAUGUCCUGCUAUUUUCAUAAUCGUUAAAACAGAACCGUUAACAUCCCCACCUUAAAAUAGAUUUCAUUCAGUGUACAUAUUCAAUUGAAACGAGAUGAUGAAUACCUCAUCAGUAAUCUGACAUGGUUUUUACAUGCAAAAAAUAAGCACUGGAACUAUGAUCUGUUUUGUCAUGGAUGCAUUGCAUGAUAAAUUGCAUUGGAGGCCGCACUGAUGGAUAUGUGUCAAUAAACAUAUCUUUAUCUAUCACCGAA